GCCGGGCCUGAUCGUAAAACUUAGGCUCAAACCUGGAAUUUCCCGGCGGGGAUGCUACAUAGAUGCCGCUUUCCUCUGGACUAUGCCAUCUCUACCUGCCAUUCCCUAAAUUACCCCUCGCACUUACAGAAUCGACUAUCUUCCCCUGCUGUAGUCUGUAGUGACAGUCAUCCUUCGUUCCUUUAAAGGAGUCCAAAGUAGAAAGACUGAAAUCUCGCCUAGGGCUCGUUUCUCUUUCAUCGCUGGUCCAGUCCUAGACAAAUGGCUGCCGUUUCGGUCCAUCAAUUCGCUCAAUGCAUCACUUGCCAUGCCUGGAGUCCUGAUCACACAAUGGUUGCACUUUGUCCCAACAAUAAUGAAGUUCACAUCUAUAGAUAUUCACUUGACAAGUGGGAAAAAAUACAUGUUCUUCAAAAGCAUGAUCAAAUUGUUUCUGGGAUAGAUUGGAGUUCAAUGUCAAACAGGAUAGUUACAGUAUCACAUGAUCGAAACUCAUAUGUUUGGAAUCAAGAAGCAUCUGAAUGGGUACCAACUCUUGUUAUUCUUAGGCUAAACCGUGCUGCUUUGUGUGUUCAGUGGAGUCCAAAAGAAAACAAGUUUGCUGUUGGAAGUGGGGCUAAAACUGUUUGUAUUUGCUACUACGAGCAGGAGAAUAAUUGGUGGGUCAGUAAACUUAUCAGGAAAAAGCAUAAUUCUUCUGUGACGGGUGUUGCCUGGCAUCCUAAUAAUAUCCUUCUUGCAACAACAUCUACUGAUGGAAAAUGCCGAGUUUUCUCCACUUUCAUCAAAGGUGUUGACCCAAGGGGUUCAGGAACAAGUGUUUCUUCUGAUUCAAAAUUUGGGGAGCAAAUCGUUCAACUUGAUCUCUCAUUUAGCUGGGCAUUUGGUGUAAAGUGGUCCCCAAGUGGCAAUACCUUAGCUUAUGUAGGUCACAAUUCUAUGAUAUACUUUGUUGAUGAUGUUGGUCCUUCUCCUCUUGCCCAAAAUGUAGCAAUACGUGAUUUGCCUCUCCGUGAUGUCUUAUUUGUUUCUGAGAGAGUGGUGAUAGGUGUUGGGUUUGACUGUAAUCCCAUGGUUUUCGCAGCAGAUGAAACUGGCAUAUGGAGCUUUGUCAGAUUUCUUGAUGAGAGGAAAAUAUCAUCAUCAACCUCAAAAUAUGGUUCACAGUUUUCUGAAGCAUUUGGAAAACUGUAUGGCCAAACGAAACAAGGAUUUUGGAAUGAUGCAAUUGAACCUUCAAGACCUCGUGGAGGUGUUCAUGAGAACUGCAUAAAUUGUAUCUUACCACUAAAGAAGGCAGGGGAUGCUAUAGUGAAGCGAUUCAGUACUUCAGGAUUGGAUGGCAAAGUGGUGAUUUGGGAUUUAGAAAAUCAAACAGAUAUUUCUUCAUAUCUGUAACUGAAGGUUCCUGAAACAUGUGAUGUGACUUGCUGAAGUCGAGAUUACACCGGAGUUCUCAAUGUGGCGAGGCCCAUAUCAUGUAUUUUAGUUGUGUUGUAGAAAAAGGUUGAGGGAACCUGGGUGGAAAGUUUACUGAACAGUUGAUUAUGGUGCUGUCUGAUUAGGUUGUUGUUGUAUCUUUCAUUCUUUCUUUUUUUUUUUGUUUGGUCACAGAAAAGCUUGCAUUUCAGCCCAGUUUAUAUCUAUUACAGUAUUUGGUGCAAGAGAAUCCUGAACCAAAUGGUAAAAUGGUUUUCUCCCUAACAAA